AUGUAUAGCGACGAACUAAAGUAUAGCAGCGAAGGUGGUUCAGACAGUCAGUCGUGUCUGAUGGAUGCUCUCUACCUUACCUUCAGCGGCAUUGCUCCAAAACAUGUGCUAAAACAAGCUGAAGAAAGAGUGAAUGGCGUCGUGAACGAAAGUAAUAAAUGUAACGUAAGUGAAAGCCGAUGGGAGGCUGAUGAUGAAAAUGCUUUUAUCAAAGUGGAGGGACUAGAUGUAAUUAUAGGCUGUCGAAAUCCAUCCUCGAUGGUCGACCUUGAUGAUACAAAGAAAUUUUUCGAAGAGCGAUGCAAGGAUAUGCCCUCAGAUCCAAAACAAUGGAGGCUGGACCCCUGCGACAUGGAUCCAUCACUUAAAAGGCACGACAGGGAGUUCCACAGAGGCCCUUGCUACAGUUGCUUUCGCGAUGGCCAUAUAGCAAGGUUCUGUACUAAGGGUCCCCAGCCUUGCCACUUCUGCGCUUGGACGACCCACAGUUCCUACUGCUGCACGUAUUUAUUGUGUGACAUAUGUCAUUCACCUGGACACGAAUAUUAUUGCUGCCCAAAUAGGAAACUCCUGAGGAAAAUUAAUUGUCGCCGAUGUAAACGGCGGGGCCAUACAGGCAGUGCUUGUCCAGACAUCUGGCGGCAGUACAGACACACGACGAAACCCGGUAAACCAGUGGUGGUAGAUUCUCCUCGUAAGCCUGUAGCGACAACCUGCUGCAACUGCGGUAGCUCAUCUCAUACAGGAGACAGUUGCGAGAAAAGUUGUGUGACCCGCUGCCCCGUGCCACUUUCGUCGAUAUGUCAAUUUGAUGACCACGACGUCUACAGUCGGGAUGGAUUGUACAGGCCUAAAAAAAUAGGGCCAUACACAUAUGCGGAGGCAGCGAGAGCUGGAUUAUCCAAAAGCAGCCACGGUGAUAUUACUAAGCGUAGCUGCCAACCUGAGGAUGGAGAAUGGAUGGAUGCCGAGUGGAUGACCUAUGGCACAUUUGGAGCACGAGCCUAUGGUCUGUUAACUGAUCAAUCUGAUUUGCGCACAUGUCAUUUUUACCUCUGA